UUGUUAAAGGUCCCAUUGAAUGGUAAUUUACCACAGCGAUAUUUCCAUUUAUAUUCGUAAGAAAAAGCCACUAAACCUUUUUCAGCGGAAAUUACCGACUGCUGUCGUGUUUAUUGGAGCAUAAAUCACCGCUAAUCAUUGGCCAGUAUUUCACGCGUUUUACGAUUCAACGCACCUCGGCGAUUUACGGAAAAAGUCGGAAGAUACUUGGUGUGACGUCACACCCAGUACUCGUUCGAGAAUCGCCAUAUUGGAAACAUUGAAAAAAAAAUAUCGUACAGUAAUUUUUAGAUUUAUUCAGCGUAAUUGGUUGGAUUUAAGCAAUGGGAGGCGCGAGAUGUGUAGUUGGAGGAUGCAGCAAUAAGAGAAGUGAGCGGGUUAGUUUACAUCAAUUCCCUAAGGACACGAACAUUCGACAACAGUGGGUGAGGGCUAUCAAGUGUACAGGAACGAAUGUCUCUAGAGCUGACUGGAAUGGACCUAGUUCUUCAAAAUCAGCACAAGCACAAUUGGUAUGCUCUGAACAUUUUGAAUUCACGUGCUUUACCCUCACCACUAGGAUGCAUUGGCAGCAGGGAUUACCAUACAAGGCUGCCCUUACUGACGAAGCGGUGCCUACCCUGUUCGGUCUACAGAUACAGGAGUAUAAGAAAAGGGUAGAGAAUCCAAGUUCUAGAGGAGCCUUCAGAAAACGUGAAUUGGAAAGAAUUAUUGGAGAAUAUGAAGUCACACCAACUGGAAAUGCUGAGCAACCCCUACCAGUCACUGGGCCAGCACUACUUCAGCCCUCCACUGGACAAGUGAAAGAAGCACUUACGGUAAAUAUCAAGAAAAGUGAACAUUUGUUUCCACAUACACUAGCUAAAUCUGUACCCUCAUUUUGUGUUUAGUAAUGGAAGUAUUUGAAUUUGGUUUUGAUGAAAGACCCCAAGUAUUAUAGGCUUCAGCCUGCCGCUGUUAUUUAACACUCAUGAAUAUUGUAUGUUAACAUUACUAAAUGUUCUGAAACAUAAUAUUGUUCUGCUUAGUACAAUUUUAAGUACACUCUUGUCUAUUUAGCAAUGAUUUUGUGCAUGCACUAUUCAUUUUUAAUGCAGUUAAAGAACAUAGAUCUUCCACUCAAGAAUUUUGGAAGUUUUUUUUUUACUCAAACAAUAAUAUUUGCAGCAGAUGUAUAAGCUUACACACUUAAAAUGUCUAGGAAUAAUUAAUUAUGAAAAAUUAUUCAAAACAUAUACAAAAGCAGGUGGCCAUGUCAAACACUAAGCUACUGUUACACAAUGAACCCAUUUCAUAGCAGUGAUAGCAAAAAAUCAGUUAGGAAAAAAUCAUGCAAGGGACAUUUGAGCCGUGGCACGACAAAACCAACAUAAUGUGUUUGCGACCAGCAUGGAUCAAGACCAACCUGCGCAUUCUGAUCAGGAUCCAUGCUGUUCGCUAUCCAUUUCUCUACUUGUUAUACGGUUUGUAAGCGGAUUCGCAGGCUGGUCUGGAUCCAUGCGUGUCGCAAACGCAUUAUGUUGGUUUUG